AUGAUCCAAUAUCUACGACAAAAGAUUCAUGUCCAUCGUUAACAGAAAGUUUGAACAAUGAUUCAUGUGAGUCAAAAACAGCCACAUUAGACGCUAAUUUAGAAAAUGAAUCCAAAGUUUCCAACAUAGUUUCUGAAUGCUCUUUGAAAACACCUACGGAAAAAGAUUUAAAUCCAUCGUUAACAGAAAGUUUGAACAAUGACUCAUGUGAGUCUAAAACAGCCACAUUAGACGUUAAUUUAGAAAUUGUGUCUAAUUCCAACAUAUCUUCUGAAUAUUCUUUGAAAACAACGGACAAUAGUUUUAUUCAUCAAAUACAAGAAUUACACCCAAAAGACAGAAAAAUAAUAAAUCGAUUGUCUUUACCUUCAUAUCUUCCAUCUUUAAUAAACAAUUCAUUAGUAUCAACAACAUCGGUGACAAAAUUAUCGAGAUUGUCUGAAAACUUAUCCACAUCAGACGUCUGGAAAUCAUCAAAUAUGUCAAAAGAUAUGCAAACUGAUAUUGAAAUACCUUGUUCAAAUCCGGAAACAUUACCACAGGAUGUUCAGCAUUUAGCCGAAUUGUUCGAUAUGCGUGAUCCAAAUCAAAUAUAUGAAAACUUGAUUCCAAUCGCUGAAGGAGAAUCGGGUAAUAUGCAUUCCGCGAGUAAAAAAUCUUCACAGGAACCGGGUGUCACUGUGUGUCAGAUUCUAUAUGGGUUAGUGGUUAUGGAGUUUAUGGAAGUGUCUUUGGCCGACCUCAUCGCGGACGAAUUGCAGAUGAGUGAACCUCAGAUAGCACUUGUUACUCGAGAGAUUUUGAAAGCUUUGACAUAUCUUCAUAGCCAACGACGAAUACAUAGAGAUGUUCGUAGCGAUAAUGUCUUACUAAACGCACGGGGAGAUAUUAAACUUGCUGAUUUUGGGCAUGCUGCACAGUUGAUCGAUACGGAGCCUCACCGAAAAUCAUUUAUAGGUACUCCUUAUUGGAUGGCUCCUGAGGUUAUAAAAACCUUACCUUAUGAUACAAAGGUGGAUAUAUGGAGUCUUGGCGUCCUAUUGAUUGAAAUGGCAGAGGGAGCACCUCCGUAUAUGGAUAUGCCACCCCUAAAGGCUAUAUCUUUGAUAGUUCAGAAAGGUCUCCCCGACCUGAGUAAUCCAGAACAGUGGUCUGAUGCAUUCAAAGAUUUUAUUGCAAGUUGCACUGAAGCCGAUGUUAGCAAAAGAAAAACUGCGGAAGAAAUGCUUUCUCAUCCUUUUCUUGAACAUGUCUCCACAUCAAGUGAUUUUCAACAAAUAAUAGAGAAAUAUCGACAAUCAGAAGCAGAGAGAGAAGAAUCAGACGAAUAA